AUGCCGUACAAUAUUGCCAUGGUCAGCGACAACUUCUUUCCCCAACCAGGAGGAGUUGAAAGUCACAUCUAUCAGCUCUCUACGAAGCUGAUUGACCGGGGACAUAAAGUAGUAGUGAUCACUCACGCGUAUGAGGGGCGGACGGGAGUGCGAUACCUGACAAAUGGCCUCAAAGUUUACUAUGUUCCCUUCUUCGUUAUCUACCGGGCCACGACUUUUCCAACUGUUUUCUCCUUCUUUCCAGUCUUCCGGAAUAUCGUUAUUCGAGAGCAGAUUGAGAUUGUACAUGGACACGCGAGUUUGAGCAGUCUAUGCCAUGAAGCGAUUCUGCAUGCAAGGACAAUGGGCUUGAGGACGGUGUUCACGGAUCAUUCGUUGUUCGGAUUCGCAGAUGCAGCCAGUAUCCUCACCAACAAGCUUCUCAAAUUCAUCCUCAGCGAUGUAGACCACGUCAUUUGUGUCAGCCAUACAUGCAAGGAGAACACUGUCUUACGAGCCUCCCUCGAUCCUCUCAUGGUAUCCGUCAUUCCAAAUGCAGUCGUCGCCGAAAACUUUCGUCCUCUUCAUCAUCCCUCAUACCCAUCCGACUUCAAUACUCAACUCGUACCUGUGCCUCAGCACCUCGGGCCUCAUGAUGUGAUUACGAUAGUGGUUAUAUCGCGACUUUUCUAUAAUAAAGGGACGGAUCUUUUGGUCGCAGCGAUUCCAAGAAUACUUGCCAGUCAUCCAAAUGUGCGCUUUGUGAUUGCUGGCUCAGGCCCAAAGGCUAUAGAUUUGGAACAGAUGAUUGAAAGAAACGUGUUGCAGGACCGAGUAGAGAUGUUGGGUCCUGUCAGGCACGAGGAGGUUCGAGAUGUCAUGGUUCGGGGUCACAUAUAUCUGCACCCAAGCUUGACAGAAGCUUUCGGGACAGUCAUUGUGGAAGCCGCGAGCUGCGGAUUAUAUGUCGUUUGUACACAAGUGGGAGGGAUCCCGGAAGUCCUUCCUGCUCAUAUGACAGUUUUUGCAAAGCCAGAAGAGGACGAUUUAGUUGCUGCAACUGGGAAGGCCAUUGCUUCAAUGCGAGCGAAUAAAGUCAGAACAGAGAAGUUUCACGAUCAGGUGAAGAUGAUGUAUUCCUGGACCGAUGUGGCAGAACGAACGGAAAGGGUGUAUGAUGGAAUAUCUGGAAUUCUGAGCGAAGCAGACUUCUAUGGCUAUGACGCUGCCGAUGCUGCAAGCUGGAGCGCAACAAGAGGACGGGCUGGAGUGCAAAGUUUUGCACUGAUUGACCGAUUGAAACGGUACUAUGGUUGUGGAAUAUGGGCCGGAAAGCUUUUCUGUCUUUGCGUAGUCAUUGACUAUCUCAUAUUUCUUAUGCUCGAAUUCCUCGCGCCCAGAGAUGCCAUCGAUAUUGCGAGGAACUGGCCUAAGAAGAUUCCUGAUGAGAGAGUUCCACGAGAACGAUCAGCAUUCAGCAGAAGACCAUGA